AUGCAGAUUAGUUGUCUAGCUUUACUUGAAACUAGGGUCAAGGCUAGUAAUAGUGAAUCUAUUAGGAAGAGACUGGGGCUGCACUGGGAUUUCAGUGAUAACUAUGCUCAUCAUGUGAAUGGGAGGAUCUGGUUAGCAUGGGAUCCUCAUAUUUGGAGCAUUAUCCCUAGUGAGAAAACUGAUCAGUUAAUACAUAGUGUUGUGUAUACCAAGGAUGGAGAUUUUAACAACAUUCUGAAAGUAGGUGAUAGAAUUGGUGGCAAUGAGAUACACUUGGCUGAGUAUAUUGAUAUGGAGGAUAUGAUGGCUACUAGCAAUCUCUCAGAACAUGAAACUAUAGGAGCUUGGUUCACUUGGUCAAAUAAACAGGUUGCUAAUCCGAUUAGUUCCAGAAUUGAUAGGGCUCUUGUUAAUGCUGAAUGGCAUAGAAGUUUCCCUAAUAGUAGUGUUGAGGUGCUCAAUCCCAAUAUAUCUGACCAUACCCCUAUGAGAAUUAAGUUGGAUAGCAGUCAGACUGUGAAGAAAAUCAAACAUAGAUUUAAAUUCCUAAACUGUAUAGCUGGCCAUGCUGAUUUUAUUCAAGUUUUAAGGGCAAACUGGAUGCAUCUUGAUAGAGGUAACCCAAUGGAACAGUUGUGGAAGAACCUAUAUAAGUUACAAUAUAGCACGAAAGGUUUGGCUUGGCAAAUGACUGAGGGGAUCAGGAAUCUGAAAAUGAGUAGAGAGAAGCUGGAUCAAGCCCAAACUCUGCUAGCCUCUGAUCAGAUGAAUCAAGCCCUGUGUCAAACUGUUAAGUACUGGACUGAUGAAGUGAUUUUGAGAGGUGGUGCUCAACUUAGUAGAGAUCAACAGGAUAGUCUUAUUGGCCCUGUGACUGAAGCUGAAGUUUGGAAGGCCAUCAAUAGUAUGGGAGAAUCUAAAGCACCAGGUGUGGAUGGAUACAAUGCUAAGUUCUAUAAAGCUAGUUGGAGUGUUAUAAAAAAUGAUAUUAUGAAGGUUGUACAUGAUUUUUUUGUGACUAACAGGAUGUAUAGGGCUGUCAACUGUGCUCUUGUAACUCUGAUCCCCAAAACCAAAGAAGCCAAAUCCAUGAAAGAUAUGAGGCCUAUAGCAUGUUGUACCACCUUGUACAAAAUCAUUUCCAAAGUCCUCACAACAAGGUUAAACACAGUGAUAAAUUCAGUUGUUGAUGAUAGCCAAACUGCCUUCCUUCCUGGGAAAACUAUUCAUGAUAAUAUCAUCCUGGCAUUUGAAUUAUUGAGAGGUUACAAUAGGAAACAUUUAUCACCUAGGUGCACAAUUCAAAUUGAUUUGCAGAAAGCCUAUGAUACUGUGGAAUGGGAUUCUCUGGAACAAAUAAUGCAGGAGAUGAAUUUCCCCAAUCAGUUUGUUAGAUGGAUCAUGAUCAUGGUUAGAGGAGUCUCCUACAGAUAUUUGGUAAAUGGGCAAGUGAGCAACAUUCUCCAAGCAAAAAGAGGGCUGAGACAGGAUGACUUAUUAUUGUUUGCAAGAGGUGAUGGAAAUUCUAUUAGGCAUAUGAUGGAGAACAUCCACCAAUUCUCUGAGGCUACUGGCUUGAGGGUAAAUCCAACAAAAUGCAAGAUAUAUUUUCGUGGCCUGACUGAUCAGAUGCAGCAUGAUCUUGCUACUGCCAUCAAGUUUGGUAUGGGUAAACUACCUUUCAAAUAUUUGGGGGUUCCUUUAUCCACAAGAAAGCUCACAAUCAAUCAAUGUCAACCAAUUAUUGACAAAAUGCUCGAGAAAAUUCAACACUGGUCAGCUAGUAUGCUUAGUUAUGUAGGUAGGAAGCAACUUGUUAAAAGUACUUUGAUGUCCAUAGCUGGAUACUGGAUGCAAGCUUUCCCCCUCCCCAAGACAAUUAUUCAGAGAAUAGAAGUGAUAUGCAAAAACUUUCUCUGGUCUGGCAGAGCUGUGGGAAGGAAAGCCCUUGUGGCCUGGGAUAAAAUUUGUCUUCCUACUAAUGCAGGUGGAUUAAAUUUGACAUACCUUAGAGCAUGGAACAAAGCUACAAUUCUGAAGUUGUUGUGGAAUCUCUACAUGAAAUCUGAUAAGCUGUGGAUUAGGUGGAUUGGAGCUUACUAUCUUAAAGGUGAUAGCAUAAUGCAGUGGGAGCCUAAGACUACCAGCUCGUGGAUGCUCAAAAGUAUAGUUAAGGUCAGAGGGCUUACUAUGCAGAGUGAGUAUUGGAAAGAUAGUAUUCAGAAGAACCAGUUUAACACCAAUGCUAUGUAUAAGGAACUGAGGGGUGACUAUCCAAGUCAGCCUUGGAGGAAGAUUCUGUUUACUAGUCAUGUUUGGGUGAAUAUCAUGGAAUGGAUUGGCUAUCAUCGAAGAUGUAAAAAUUGGGAGGAGGAGAAGCAAUGGCUCUCUAUGGAAACUGCGAAGAAGGGGUGGAGACGCUGCCUUCUUAAGUUAGUUAUUGCUGAAGUCAUUUACCAGCUAUGGCAGCUGCGGAAUGAUAUGAUCUUUGGCCAAAGUCAUGCUACUGGAGACAUUGUUAUGAAGAUCAAACAUACUAUUGGUAUUAGAGAUUGUGCCAAAAGAGCUUUGAAGAACCAUAUGAGCAUGGUUAAUACUGUUAGUUGA